GUCUUCCGGCAUCACUCACACACCGAUCCGGUGCAAGCCAUGGCCGCCGGAGAAGCGGUGGUGGUGGGGGUGCGGGUGAGGCCCUUCAAUGAUCGGGAGAACAAUCUCAAUGCCGUGGUUUGCAUCGACAUGGAAGGCCCAACGACCCGGAUCCGGAACAUCGACACGGGGGACGAGAAGACGUUUACCUUCGACGAAUCUUUUUGGAGCCACGAUGGCUUCGAAGAUGAUGGGACUGGCUACCUGCGGCCGCUCCCGAACAGCAAAUAUGCUGAUCAAAGGUAUGUGUUUGACACCUUUGGUCAGCGAGUGCUGGAUAAUGCUUGGAAUGGCUUCCACUGCUGUCUUUUCGCAUAUGGCCAAACAGGAGCUGGCAAAAGCUACUCCAUGGUAGGCUAUGGGAACAACAAGGGCAUUGUGCCAAUCUCCUGCGAGGAGAUUUUCCGGCGGAUUGGCCAGGAGAAGGAUCCGCAGAAGCGGUAUGAGGUCACCGUCUCGAUGAUUGAGAUCUACAACGAGGCGAUCCAGGAUCUCCUCAUUGACGUGGAACUACGCCCCAAAAAGGGCCUCGAAGUGCGAGAGUCCAAGGCGCUGGGGAUCUACAUCGAUGGCGUGAUCAAGCGCCCGGUGGAGAGCUACGAGGCCAUCGAGACGACCAUCGAAGAGGCGACGAAUCACCGGACCGUGGGCUCCACGCUGAUGAAUGCGACCAGCAGCCGAGCACACACCGUGCAGAUCAUCGAGUUCAAGGCUGUGAAGGAUGGAUCUGCCACAGUGUCGAUGAUCAACUUGGUCGACCUGGCUGGCAGUGAAAAGGCAGGGCAGACGGGUGCCACAGGGGACCGACUGAAGGAGGGCUCCAUGAUCAACAAAUCCUUGAGCGCGUUGGGAAACGUCAUCGAGAAGCUAGCGGAUCGAGGAUCGGAGAAGAAGAAGAAUGUGCUGAUCCCCUAUCGCGAUUCCAAGCUCACUCGACUCUUGCAGAAUGCCCUCGGCGGCUCCAGCAAGACCAUCAUGAUCUGCGCGUUGUCACCAGCCUCCUCCAACCACGAAGAGACGCUCUCAACGUUGCGCUAUGCCGACCGUGCCAAGAAGAUCAAGAACAUCGCUGUGCCCAACGAGAAUCCCCAGGAACGCUUGAUGCGAGAGCUUCGGGAAGAGAACGAAAAGUUCAAGAAGAUCUUCGAAGCGAUGCAAGGUGGGACCAUGCCCAGUGCAGAUGAGAUCAAGGAGAUGGGCUUGGCCCAGCAGGAAAUCGCCGCCAUGGAGGGCGCCCUCGCUGAGCUGAACAAGAGCUGGGAGGACAAGGUGGCCGAAUCCAGAGAGCAGCAGGAGGCAGCGCGGAUGCGGCGCUCCUCCGUGAACGGCGUGGCGGCGCUGAAGAAGAACCUGCAGCCAAUGAUGGUGAAUCUGAACGAGGACAAGACCUUGGUCGGCCGGGUGCGCUUCUCUUUCCCACCUGGGCGGACCCUCAUCGGCGGCCUAGGUGAUGAGAGCGACUCAGAUUCUGAGUCUGGAAGUGAGAGCGACAGUGACAGCAGCACAGGAUCCCAACCCGAGGGCGAGAAGAGCCCGGAGGAGAUGUUCGAGGACGAGGACGAGUCCCCACACAUCGAGCUGGGUGAAGGUGUGGCACGGCGCCAUGCGGUGGUCUUCCAUGACAAUGACCAGAACCUGUGUACCAUCUACGCCGCCAGUGAGGAGGGGCUGAAACAGACCUUCGUGAAUGGCAAGUCCCUGCGGCAGCUGCUGAAAUCCCAAGGUCUGGAGGAAGUGAUUUGUCGGCAAAAAGACAAACCAGAGGCGGCGGGUAUUGAGCUCUCCCAUGCGGACACGCUGGUCUUCGGGAGGCAUUUUUUUGUCUUCGUGGACCACAUGGUUUGUGCGCCAGAGAUCCUCAUCGCCAGCGGCCAGGUGGACUAUGCGCAAGCCAAGCGUGAAUGGCAGAUGGAGCAGUUGAGUGGAGUUCACGAGUCCCUGAUCGUGGCGACUCGUGGCGGAGUCUUGGGCGUGUCCCACGUCAUGGAAUUGGCGGAGAAGGACGAGAUCAUCGAAUCACAAAAAGCGGAGAUUGCAGAGCUGAAGCAACAGAUGGUCACGAUGAAGGCUGAGCUCGAUCGCUACAAGAAGAUGGCAGGCGGCCGCUUAGCUGCUGGCGCCAACAUGCUAGGGGAGCUCUACGCCGACGAGCUCUUGGAAAGCCAAAUGGAUGAGAUCUCCAAAGAUAUUCAGAAGACUUUCAAGGAUGCCAUUGACCAGAUGAAUGACGUCCAAGCGAUUUUCUCCAAGAAAGCGCUGAGAGAAGGUCAUCUCACGUGGAGGUCUGUCACUUGAGACGGAGGUUCUCCCGGAGCCCAUACUGAGGGAUCCCGGCACGCCACGGCGGUCGGGACGCCCAGAGCGGUCGGGAAGAGCGCAGGGCUGGGAGAAGGGGACCCUUUUGGCCGACCGAAUGAGCUGUAUCGAAGCAAAAAAACAUCAAAGAACAGCAUUUUAGUGGAUUUACCAUCCCUCCAUUUAUCAUGGAAGUGGACAAUGGCCCCUUGAAAGACAAGGGGGUGUUUCUGGACAUUGUCCAGUGUGCUGUUGAUAGAUGUGGACAAUCCUGGAUUCCGUCUGAGACACAGUUGCUUUUCCCCACAACAACAUACAACAACUUGUGACUUGUGCUUUCCUAUCUGCGUCAUCAACCCUCUGUUGUGGCGAAAAUAGACCAAAGAAGUGGCGAAAUGGUUGUUCUCAGCCCAGCUGACCAAAUCAAAACGAUCGAAGGCUGUGCUGCGGGAAGAUCCUGUGGAUCGGCCCAGCACAGCUGACCGGCGCUCCCAACACACGUCGCAAAACAGGCAGGUUCGCAUCAGCUUUGCGGAUGAGCUGCCAAGCUGAGAGCGGAGUGGACGGAGACUGGGGCAAUCCAAGAGGUAACGAGC